AAUGUCGUUUAGUUCACUAGACAGCCGCGGGGUGUUCAUGCACCGGUCUGCAUUGGAUUAAAAAUUCACGCAACUCGCCGAGCGCGUUAGAGCGCGUCCCGAUGGCGAUCUGUUAACAUGUGUGAAAAUACCCGGUGAUUGCAUAUGUCGAGACGAAAACAGUGGUUUUGUCGUUCAGAUUGAUAAAAUGUUUGUACUCGCAGAAUUCGAAGACAACGUACGAAUUCGACCUUGGAUGUUUCAACGUAAAUUAAACGAUGCAAUUGCCGAUGAGCUGAAUAGGAAGCUAGCUAACAAGGUUUACCACAAUGUUGGUCUUUGUAUUGCCUUGCAUGACAUAACGAAUAUAGAGGAUUCGUACAUAUUUCCUGGGGAUGGAUCCUCCCACACAAAAGUAGUCUUUCGCUUCAUUGUCUUCAGACCAUUUGUGGAAGAAAUUAUUGUUGGAAAAAUUCGGAGCUGCAGUGCAGAUGGUGUGCAUGUCACUCUAGGCUUCUUUGAAGACAUAAUUAUCCCACCUCACAAAUUACAACAUCCUUCAAGAUUUGAUCAGACCGAACAAGCAUGGGUUUGGGAAUAUGAUACUGGAGAUGGAGAGAAGCAUGAUCUAUUCAUGGAUGCUGGCGAAAGCAUACGUUUCAGAGUAGUGAACGAAACUUUUGUUGAAACAUCGCCCGUUAGCCCAGCUAUUAACACUGAAGCGAUUGAGAAAUCUGAAGCAACUCUCACCUCUCCUUACACUCUAGGCGCUGCGAUAGAUGAACCCGGACUUGGUCUUCUUACCUGGUGGGAGAAUACCUGAAAUCAAAAGAGUGAUUUCAAGAUGAAUGAAUAAAUGUCUUUGAAUGAAUAUUACAACGCGAUAGGAUUUGUACAUUACUUUUAUUUUACUUAUUAUCGCACUCUAUUAUUUUGAGAUUUUUUAUUAAUGCUUAGUCUAGUUACCCUAUCAGCAAAACAUUAAAAAUUAACACAAUACACAAUGUUACCGUUUAUCGAAUAAAUCACUAAUUUAAUAAUA